AUGUUCACGGGCCCGCACAGGGAGGCGCAGCUCCACACGCGCCACUGGGUCCUCAGGCAGGCCGACGGCGGCGCGGACCAGGCGCGCGGCAAGGGGGGGCGGCGCGACGACAAGCAGCGCCACUCGGGCCGCAUCGGGCAGGGCGAGUGGUGCGAGGGCGUGUUUGUGUACCAGAGCCUCAGCGGGCGCGGCUCGAGCAUCUCCUUCGAAGGGUCGAUCGACUUUGUGCCCGGCUCGCUCGAGGCGCCCACCGGCGAGGAGUUCGCCGUCGCCGUGCCGCGUUUCCCCCUCCUCGUCGGCGCGGACGAGGACCUUUGGCUGGCCGAGCUGGCCAAGCUCCCCGCGGCGCAGGCCGCUGAGGCAGCGGCGCCGGCCGCUGAGCAUGAUGUCAUGGAGGAGGACGAGGGCGACGACGAUGUCAAGAGCAUGUUUGGCGAGCAGCAGAUGUCCGCGCUGGCCGACUACAUCCGCGCGGCGCUGAUGCUCAAGUUCAACCAGCGCACAGUAGGCUGA